AUGACCUCGUCCGCCCCGAGAACCCUCUACGACAAGGUCUUCGACGACCACGUCGUCAAGUCCGGAAACGGUGACACUCUCAUCUACAUCGACCGCCACCUCGUUCACGAGGUUACCUCCCCUCAGGCCUUUGAGGGCCUUCGCAACGCUGGCCGCAAGGUCCGCAGGACUGACUGCACCCUCGCCACUGUCGACCACAACAUUCCGACCACUUCCCGUAAGACCUUCAAGGAUGUCUCGUCGUUCAUCAACGAGGCCGACUCGCGUGCCCAGGUCGAGGCUCUUGAGCAGAACGUCAAGGAGUUCGGCCUGACCUACUUCGGCAUGAGCGACAAGCGCCAGGGUAUCGUCCACAUUAUCGGUCCCGAGCAGGGCUUCACCCUCCCCGGUACGACUGUUGUCUGCGGUGACUCGCACACUUCGACCCACGGUGCCUUCGGCGCCCUCGCCUUCGGUAUCGGAACCUCCGAGGUCGAGCACGUCCUCGCUACCCAGACCCUCCCCCAGGCCAAGUCCAAGAACAUGCGCAUCAACGUCGAGGGCAAGCUCCCCGAGGGUGUCGCUUCCAAGGACAUUGUCCUCCACAUCAUCGGUGUCAUCGGUACCGCCGGAGGAACCGGCUGCGUUAUCGAGUUCUCCGGCUCCGCCAUCCGCGCUCUCUCAAUGGAGGCCCGUAUGUCCAUCUGUAACAUGGCCAUCGAGGCCGGUGCCCGUGCCGGUAUGAUCGCCCCCGACGAGAUCACCUUCGAGUACCUCAAGGGUCGCCCUCUCUCGCCCGCUGGCGAGGAGUGGGACAAGGCCGAGGCUUACUGGCGCUCGCUCAAGUCUGACGAGGGUGCCAAGUAUGACAUUGAGAUCGAGCUCAAGGCCGAGGACAUCAUCCCCACCGUCACCUGGGGAACCUCGCCCCAGGACGUCGUCCCCAUCACCGGCAACGUCCCCGUUCCCUCCGAGAUGCCCGCCAACAAGCGCCAGGACGCCGAGAAGGCCCUCAAGUACAUGGGCCUCGAGGCUGGCCAGCCGAUGGAGUCCGUCAAGGUCGACAAGGUCUUCUUCGGCUCGUGCACGAACGGUCGUAUUGAGGACAUGCGCUCUGCCGCUCGCGUCAUUGUCGCCUCCGGCAAGAACGGUGGCCCCACCCAGGUCGCUGAGGGCGUCUACGCCAUGGUCGUCCCCGGCUCCGGUCUCGUCAAGCGCCAGGCCGAGGCUGAGGGUCUCGACGUCAUCUUCAAGAAGGCCGGCUUCGACUGGCGUGAGGCUGGUUGCUCGAUGUGUCUCGGCAUGAACCCCGACCAGCUCAAGCCUGGAGAGCGCUGCGCCUCGACCUCGAACCGUAACUUCGAGGGCCGUCAGGGUGCUGGUGGCCGUACCCACCUCGUCUCGCCCGCCAUGGCUACUGCUGCUGCGCUUACUGGUCACCUCACCGACGUUCGCAAGCUCAUGGGCGAGCACGUUUCGGAUGACGGAGGCAUCAAGAUCUCCAAGUACGCCGACUUCCUCGAGCCCCUCAUCCCCGCCCAGGCCGCCCCUGCCGGCGAGGAGCGCGAGGACCCCGACGAGGAGGCCAAGGCCGAGCCCGCUCCUUCGGGCGAGGGCCAGCCCAAGUUCACCGUGGUCAAGGGCAUUGCCGCGCCGAUGUGGGAGGCCAACAUCGACACCGACAAGAUCAUUCCCAAGCAGUUCCUGAAGACUCUGCUCCGCACCGGUCUCGGAUCUGCCCUCUUCUGGCCCGCGCGCUACGACGUCAAGACCGGCGAGCCGAUCGCCGACUUCGUCCUCAACCGCGAGCCCUUCACCAAGUCCAAGCUCCUCGUGUGCACUGGACCCAACUUCGGCUGCGGCUCCUCGCGUGAGCACGCCCCCUGGGCUCUCAACGACUUCGGUAUCCGCUGUGUCAUGGCUCCCUCGUUCGGAGACAUCUUCAAGAACAACUGCUUCAAGAACGGCAUGCUUCCCCUCGAGCUGCCCCAGGACGCCCUUGAGCAGCUGUACAAGGACGCCGAGACUGGUGCCGAGAUCGCCGUCGACCUCGAGAACGAGUGCGUCGUCCGCCCCAAAGGCGAGAAGAUCCCGUUCAAGAUCGACGCCUUCCGCCGCCACUGCCUCGUCAACGGCCUCGACGACAUUGGCCUCACCCUCCAGAACGCCAAGGACAUUGACACGUUCGAGGCCAAGCGCUCCGCCAACUGGCCCUGGCUCGACGGCGCCGGCUACGCUAAGGGUAACCGCGUCGUGCCCCUCCGCCAGAAGGCGGGCAAGAACGACUGGUAA